UUUCUACGUACAUCAGGAUAUUUACCUCGACGUGCGAUGAAGUGCUAGCUAUCGAAAAUCAUUUGAUAUCAAGUUCAUUUUACUUCGACUGGAUUAUAAAACUCUCACCUCUCUCUCCAGCUCAAAAGGCAAUCAUGGGAUUCUUCUCCCUCCGAGGCCGUCCGUUGAUCGUCUGCUGUUGGUUGUCAGUUUUGGCCGUUGCGUGCGCUGCCGAAGAGUCGACGACCAUGGCGUACCCUGUCACGUCCGACGUUACAUCUAAAGAUGGUCUGGUGGAUACGGUCAACGUCGAUUGUCACCAGCAGGAAAUGCAGGUGACGCUAUCGACGCUGGUGCCUUUCCACGGCAUGGUUUACCCGCGCGGUCUCACCAAGAAAUCGCCUUGCAUGGCCGAAUUCGACGUCCAGCUGGGUGACCGAUUCACCUAUCGGGUCCCGCUCCGUUCCUGCAACACCAUGUUCAUAGAUACCGAGGAUGGAUUCAUCGAGUACUUUAACACGAUCGUCGUCCAGCCGCACAAGAAGCUAGUUACCAACCAAGGACGCGGUUAUCACGUCCGCUGUCGCUACCAAACCAAGGAUACGGCCAUCAUUUCCGGAUUUAACGUCAGCUUUACGGGAAGUACUAAAUUGGACACGACCUCUCCAUUGCCCGGAACGAUGAUGCACAUCUACGCUGGCGAUGCUGUCAAUCACGUUCCAGCUGAAAACGUGAAAAUCGGCGACCCGUUGACGUUGAAGGUAGCACUCGACCAACAAGAGGUAUUCGGCAUGACAGUUGCCGAUUGUACCGUCCGUGACGGUCUCGGAUGGAGUGAACAACUCCUCUACAACGAUCAAGGGUGUCCCGUCGAUUAUGAGAUCAUGCCACCUUUUGAGUAUGACGUCAACAAGACGUCGGCCAUGGUCAAAUUCCAGGCACACAAAUUUCCCUACACAUCGUCCGUCUAUUACCAGUGCAACGUGCGACUCUGUUUGCGUAAUGGAGGUUGCGAAGAGCCACCACUGUGUGACAAUCAGGGUAAUAACCUUCGCCGCAAACGAAGGCAGGUAGAAGAAGACGGUCCGAAAGCUGAUUAUCGAAUUGACCAUCCAUCGUUUGCUCGGAAUGCGACCACUGUCGAGGUCUUUGGUGGUUUCUACGUCACUGACGCCACCGAUGGCGGAGAGACGCGUCUCUUUGACGGCGAGCCCAUCGAAGAGAACAAAGAGGACCAGCUUUGCAUAUCUCCGCGUGACUUUGCCAUCGGUAUCGCCGUGGCUGGCCUCAUUCUGAUGAUCGCAGUCGUCGCUGCCAUCUUGUUCUUGUGCGCCAGACGGCGACAUAAGCGCGUCUCGUCUACCACCGGAAGCUCCGUCUACUCCGGCCCGUACACCAAUACGGCCUACAGUCAUUCGAGUUGAACGUGAAAAUUACAAAAAAAAAAACUCGCGUGUCUUACACUUAAUUACGAAAAACAAAAAAAAAAAAGAAAAGUCUUUUUCCCCGUUCCAACUUAACAACCCCGUUGAUUGUGUGUGCUGCAACACCUUUAACGUCCCAUCAUCGCGUUCGUGUAUUGGUGUUACGCAAUUUCUUCUUUCCCCUUGUGUUUAAAUUCUUUUGAAAUUUCGCGCCUCUUGAUGGAACUCUCCCCACUCGCUCGAUAGGGUUGUGCGUUGGUCUUGGAAAUAAUGUUUGGAGUGUCUACGUGUGAUCACUUUGAAUCGUAAGUUUUGCACCGGAAAUGCCGUUUUUUUUCAUAACUCGUCGUUUCGCGAAGAUUACGUCAUUGAUGCUGUUUUGCAUGGACGGUGCCAUAACCGCGUCACUCUAUUCGUUUGUAUUGUGCAAUAUGUUCAUCUUGUUUAUGACCAUGUUUUUUUAUUCUUAAUGACUUACCAAUAACUUACUGAUGCAAUCCGUGAAUGAGUGACGUCGAUACGAAUGUCGAUGGCACUCAUUCCGUCGCAACUUGUCGGACGGCUCCAUUAUAGCGGAGGCGUUGCUGGCGACUUGCUUUCGAUUCCCGUGUGCAAUAUGAUCGAGAAAACAUAAUUCGAAGUUUCUUGAAAGAAAAAAUUAUAAUUCAGUAUUGCGUUUGAAAUGCUGCACUUCCCGCUGAAAACGCACAACAGAAAGAUGACACAAAAUUAAUCUUCUUAAUUGUCUUGCUUGUUAAAAAUGAAUGGUCGUUUUUGUUUCAAUUAGAAUUUCCUUUUUUUGGUGGGAGAGGAGAAAACAAAACAUGUCAAAAUAUGGGUGCUGUUCAAUACGAUCAUUUUGGUUAUCGAUUCUUACUUAUCUAACAUUCUCCGUGGAAAAUCCCAUUUGCUAAUAUUUAAUAAUUCGCAUUUCAAAAACAAAAAACAAUUCCUCUCUGUUUUAGUAUAUUGAUCGUAUACUUGUAUUGUUUUUUUUCUUUCCACUUUCUUCGUGCAAUAUCAUGAGGGAAAACAAACGGAAAAUACAACGUCCAUUUCAACUUUCUAA